AUGGAACAGUAUGAGAAGGUUGAGAAAAUAGGAGAAGGUACCUAUGGUGUAGUGUACAAGGCUAGGGACCGUGUUACCAAUGAGACCAUUGCUUUGAAGAAGAUUCGGCUCGAACAGGAAGAUGAGGGGGUUCCUAGCACUGCGAUAAGAGAGAUUUCUCUUUUGAAAGAAAUGCAGCACCGAAACAUUGUUAGGUUGCAGGAUGUUGUGCAUAGUGAGAAGCGAUUGUAUCUUGUUUUUGAGUACCUUGACUUAGAUCUAAAGAAGCAUAUGGAUUCAUCUCCGGAAUUUUCCAAAGAUCAACGACAAGUAAAAAUGUUCCUCUAUCAAAUUCUCUGUGGCAUUGCUUACUGUCAUUCUCAUAGAGUUCUUCACAGAGACCUGAAACCACAAAAUCUGUUGAUAGAUCGCAGCUCUAAUGCGCUAAAGCUUGCAGAUUUUGGAUUGGCUAGAGCAUUUGGAAUUCCUGUUAGGACAUUUACACAUGAGGUGGUGACACUAUGGUACAGAGCUCCAGAAAUAUUGCUUGGGUCCCGUCACUAUUCUACCCCGGUUGAUGUUUGGUCAGUGGGAUGCAUAUUUGCAGAGAUGAUAAACCAGCGACCACUUUUCCCUGGGGAUUCUGAGAUUGAUGAACUGUUUAAAAUAUUCAGAAUAACGGGUACACCAAAUGAAGAUACAUGGCCUGGAGUGACUUCAUUGCCUGAUUUUAAAUCAGCCUUUCCCAAGUGGCCAUCUAAGGACCUGGCAACUCUAGUCCCGAGUCUUGAGCCAUCUGGUCUUGAUCUGUUAUCUAGUAUGCUUCGCUUGGAUCCCAGCAGAAGAAUUACUGCCAGGGGAGCUCUUGACCACGAAUACUUCAAAGACAUUAAAUUUGUCCCCUGA